UCCCCUUUUCCUCUUUCUUUCUUUCUUUCUAUAAAAGCCCUUUUUCUCUCAAUCCAUAAACACACACAACACAAAAUGGCUAAACCAAAACCCACCGCUGUCUCCGCCGCCUCCGGCACGGCGCUCGACUUCUCCGCCUUGCCUGAAGGUUGCAUCGCUCAUAUACUCUCCUUCACUUCUCCUCAAGACGUGUGCCGCUCCGCCUCUGUUUCUUCCACUUUCCGAUCCGCCGCUGAUUCCGACGCGCUUUGGGACCGCUUUCUCCCGCUCGAUUACGCCGCUGAAAUUUCUCAUGCUGUUUCCCAGAUUUUUCCUUCUUUUGCUUCUAAGAAACAGCUCUAUCUCCAUCUUUGCCGCUUCCCUGUACUAAUCCACGGCGGUGCUAAGAGCUUUUCAUUGGACAUAAAGACAGGGAAAAAAUGCUACAUGAUCUCUCCAAGAGAGCUUUUAAUUGUUUGGGGUGAUGUUCCUAGGUAUUGGAGGUGGACUUCUCCUCCUGAAGCAAGGUUUGGGGAGGUAGCAGAGCUGGUGUGUGUGUGUUGGCUUGAAAUCAGGGGCAAGAUAGAGACAGAGAUGCUGUCUCCAGGCACAUUAUAUGCAGCCUAUUUGGUAUUCAAGCCCACAACUUCCAACUAUGGCUUCCAACAUCAGCCUGUCGAGGUCGCUGUUGGCCUUGUCGGUACCGAAACUCCGAAGCAAACUGUAUAUUUAGAUGUUGUAGAUAGAGAAUGGCGACAACGCAACCCAAUUGUGCCUAGAGGCUUCAGCCUCUUCAACCUCGGCAGACGUCGCAUCAUUGGCACGCAAGUAUCCAUGCCUCCUGAAAUCACCAGGAACGACACUCCUGCAGUGGACUGUGGUCGCAGCAUCCCUAAGGAGAGGGAGGACCGAUGGCUGGAGGUUCAAAUUGGUGAAUUCUUCAUCGAUGGGGUUAGCGGGGAGCUCGAGAUGAGCGUGUUGGAGGUCAAGGGUGGCCAUUGGAAGGGGGGUUUGCUUGUUCAGGGAAUUGAAAUCAGGCCAAAAGCUUUGAAAACUUAAUUAUAGAAGAAGAAAAGGAGUUCUUUGGUUCUUUGGUUUUUUGUGUUCUUUACUUAAAUGGUACUGUAAUAGUGAGAAUUCAAGAUGGAGAAAAUCCAUUCCAUGUGUACAUUUUUGAGAGCUGCUUCUUGUCUUGGAAUUUUUGAGGCUAUAUUGGUAUCAUUAGCUACAGUAAGAAAUGGAGACCAAUAGAUUUGGAAGGAUUAGUUAGAUCAUGUGAUAUGAUGAUGUCUUUCUUCUUCUCUGUUAAGCAUAGAUUGUGAAACAUUUGUAAAUAUGAAUUAUCGGAAAUGCAACUUUGUGCAUACAUUAUGCUAAACUCUUUUGA